AUGGAUAAACUUUUUACCAUAAAUAUAAAUAGAGAUGAAAAUGUUCGCUUAUAUAAGACUAAGGAGAACAAUAAUUAUGUAAAAAUAGGGUGUGAAAAAAUAAGUGAAAACGACAAUUUAUUUGAAAUAGAAUUAAAGGAAAUAAAUAGAACUGAUAAUUUUGAUUUACUAGGUGAAUUAAAUAAUAAGCAAUCAAAUGACUAUGAAAAUAUUAGAAGACAAAUAAGAAAACAUAUACUGAAAUGUUUUGAAGACGAUAAUAUUUUAGAUAAUAAACCAAAAAAUUCAGAGGAUUCACUAAAUGAAACAUAUUCUGACAAUGGAAAUUUUAAAUUAAACUUAAGAAAAGAUAAAAUUAAUCAAAUAAUUUCAUUUUCAUCUCAAGAAAAGUAUAAAAAAAACAAAUUAAAUGAAGCAAACAGUAGAUAUUAUAUUGAUUCAAAACGUUUUGAUGAAAAAGAAAAAAAUGGUUGUGAUCAUAUGAAUACUUUUAUUGAUGAUAAUAUAUUUAUAAAAGAAAUAAGUGGCCAUAUAAAAAACAUUGAUCACAAUUUGCAAGUGAGGAAAGAAAAAGAAGAUAAAGAAGAAAAAACAAAUAAGAUAGAAGAAAAAAUUGAGACAAAAAAAAAUAAUUUUACAGAAGAUAGUAACAGUGAAAACAAGAAUCUUCUGAAUAAAAAGAAGAAGAAAAUGAUGAAAAGUACAACAGAUAUUACUACUGAAAAUUCUAUUAUUAAUUUCGGUAUGAAUAAAGUAAUAGAAGAAUUUAAGGAAAAAAUAAAAAAUUGGCUAGUUAGAUUUCCAGACAUAAAUUCUGAAAAUUUUUUUUUUCAUUUAUAUUUUUUAGUUGAGUCUUAUAAAGAAAAAAAAAAUUUAUGUCAACAUUGUGGUUCUAUUGGUUGUGAGAGAGAUGAAUUUUUAAGAUACAAAUGCAAAAAUAUGUUCUGUUUUUUAUGCAAUAUUUCAGUAUUAGGGCAUAUGUGUCAUAAUACAAGAUCCCAAUAUUUGGCAUUUAAAUCUAAUAUAAAAACAUUAAAUGAAUAUAAAAAUAUAAAGAUUCCAUUUAAAAGUAUUUCUUGUUUAAAAUGUUUAAAAAAUAAUCAUUAUAAAUGUGGAAAUCCUCCAUAUAUAUUUGGAAAAUAUUCUUAUAAUUUUAGAAGAGGGUUUAGCAAUAAGUUAGAUAAAUCAUGUUAUGUAUAUUUAGAAAAUCCUCAUAAUAUAUGGGAACUAGAUAAUGUGAAGAUAGACAAAUAUAAAUGUAAUAAUGAUGGAAAUAUAAUAUCAAAUUUAAAUGUAUGUUUCAUAAAGAAUUCUAAUGAUACAUUUAAAAAUCAUAAUAGAAAUAAUAAAAUAAGAAAUAACAGUAAACAUAACUUAAUUCUAGAUAAUGAUUAUAAUAAAUUAAAUACUUCUUCUGUAGGAGAUAAAGAUGAAAAAGAAAUAUAUGAUAAAAAUCCCUUUAAAAAGAAUGUACAAACAUAUAACCAAAAAAGAAGUUUUCCUUUUGGUAGUUUAGAAAAUAAUAACAUAGAUAUAAAAAAUAAAAAACAUAAAAAUUUAUAUCAUGAUAAUAAUAAAAAUAAUUUUAUGAAAAAUAAUAAUUAUGAUAAUAAAAAUAAUUUUACGAAAAAUAAUAAUUAUCAUAAUAACAAUUAUUCUAAUGAAGAUAAUAAUCAUAAUAAUAAAAAUUAUUUUUCGAAAGACAAUAAUUAUGGUAAUAAUAAAUAUUUCACUAAAGAUAAUAGUCAUAAAAAUAAAAAUAUUCAAGAUAAUAAAUUAGAUAUUAAAAAUAAAUUUAAAAUAGAAAAUAAUAUUUAUCAUUAUAACAAUAAUUUUUCUCAUGACUACAACGAUAAUGACAACAAAUUUUCUCAAAGAAAUAACAGAUACUAUAAUAAAAAUAAAUUUACUCAUGAUAAUAAUAAAAACGAUAAUAAAAGUAAAUAUAAUGAUAAAAAUAAUAUUUCUAAAAAUUAUAAUAACGUCAUACAAAAAAAAACAAAGAUACAUGAAAACACCAAUUUUUUAAGCAAUAAUUCUAAUAAUGAAUAUCAUAAUUUUCAAAAUAGAAAUAAUAUGCAAAAUAAACUUAUAGGUGCAAAUAAUAAUUCUUAUAUGAAUAAAAAUUAUCCUUCAAUUUUUUAUAACCAGAAUUCCAUUAACGGAAACAUAAACGUUAAAAAUAAAAAUUUUAAUAAUAGUAAUGAUAAAAAUAGUUACAGUUAUAGUAAUAAAAGACCCCAAAUUUUAUAUAAAGAUACACAUAAGAACAAAAAUACUGAUAAAAAAAAUUAUAAUCAUUAUCCAAAUAUGAAUUAA